GCGAGAACAAAGCAGAAAUGUGAUUCUGGUGAUAAUUAAAAAUGAUAAUGAUCGAAUAAGUCGCUGAUAUUUGGCAAAAGGAAGGGUUUAACCAUGAGCUCUGCAGAUUUUCUGGGCCAGGAUCACUGGACAUGGAAUUGGACCCAACUCUGUGGUGUCCGAGGUAGCAUAAGCCCAGUGAAUCCUGACACAAAUGAUCUUGGCUUAUGCUUUCAACAACUGUACCUCCAGAUUCCAACCCUCGCCCUUUUGGCGAUCGCCUCAGCCUACCACUGUGGCAGAAGAAUGAAUCUAGCCCCCAAUGAGCGUUUUUCCCACUGUGCCUUCACCCUGAGGCUCGUAAUAACCGUCUGCCUGUCGAUUCUACCAAUAAUCCGGGCGUACAUCAUCCUCGCGAAUACGACUAUACCCUCCGCCAGUAACGUGACAAGCUCAAGUCAAGAGCUCAUCCCCACAGACAUCCUGAAUGAGGAGACAUCAGCAAAGCCCAUCGACUACCUCGUAGCAGGUACAGAGGGUCUAGCAUGGGUGGUGCACGUCUGUUUCGUCCUGAGCCUUCCCCGAGGUACAAAAAUGAGUCUACGAGGACCAGUGGUGAUCAGAGCCCUGAUUUUCAUGCUGAUGGGCAUCGCAGUCCUCCUCCUGAGCACUCACAUCAAGCACCCACCCUCGAACGACGUAUUACCAGGUCUAUCCCUGGGUUUCAGCAUAACAGUUGUCAUCCUGAUGUCCCUCUACGCUCUGACCUUGCUCCCAAGCUCCUCUGGGCAGAGCCCCAGAGGUCGAGGCUCCAGAUACACAGAAAUCGGUGAGAAUACAGCCCUUUUGAACUCCCCAGGGCACUCCUACAUCCACUUCGUCGACGACCAGGAGCCCAACUACCUGGGAACAGCUAUGGAAGGCAAUCCUUUCCUUUCGAGGCUCUUGUUCCACUGGGUGACACCCAUGAUGGAGAAGGGUGUCAGGGGCACCCUGAGGCAUGUCGACGAGCUCUACGAUCUCCCAGAGGACGUCAGCACAGCCUCCAUCCAUCACCAGAUCGAUAAAUUUAUCAGGAGCCCUAGAUCGAGACUCUACGUCGAUCCUGAUUCAAUCACCGGUGGUGAGAGCCACUCAUCACCACCUAGCAACAAUAUAUCCCUCUUCAAACUCCUCCACAAGUGCUUCGGAUGGGAAUUCUAUGCAGUCGGCAUCCUGAAAUUCAUGUCCGACUGCUCUGGAUUCGUCACACCCAUUAUCCUCAACAAACUCGUUGGCUUCAUCGAGGACAGGGACAAGCCCGUAUCCUACGGCUAUCUCUACGCCUCCCUCAUGUUCAUCGUAACCCUCUUCGGGGCCUUCUCCAUCGCUCACUUCAACUUCUGGAUGAGUGUCGUGGGACUCAAGAUCCGGAGCACCGUUGUCACCCUCGUCUACAGGAAAACCCUUCACUCCUCUAACGUCAGGCUCAAUCAGGAAUUCACUUUUGGAGAAAUCGUGAAUUUCAUGAGCACAGACACCGACAGAAUCGUCAACAGCUGCCCCAGCUUCCACACCCUCUGGAGUAUUCCCCUGCAACUCGCCGUAACUCUCUAUCUUCUGUACAAUCAACUUGGCCUGUCAUUUUUAUCCGGUCUCGCCUUCGCUGUGAUUCUCAUUCCCAUCAAUAAAUUUAUUGCCAGUAAAAUUGGCGUUUUGAGCACGAAGAUGAUGGAGUUCAAGGAUCAGAGGGUUCGCCUCAUGGGUGAGAUACUCCGAGGGAUGACGACGAUCAAACUCAACGUCUGGGAGGAGCACUUCCUCACUGAAAUCCUCAAGCUCAGGGAAGGAGAGAUAAAAUUCCUCAGGGGUAGGAAGUACCUCGACGCCCUGUGCGUCUACUUCUGGGCGACAACUCCAGUGUUGAUAUCAAUCCUGACAUUUGGAACGUAUGUCCUCCUGGGGAAUACCCUCGACGCCAAGACCGUUUUCACGAGUAUGGCUCUCUUGAAUAUGUUGAUAGGCCCCCUGAAUGCCUUCCCCUGGGUGCUCAAUGGAUUGACAGAGGCCUGGGUAUCCGUGAAGAGGAUCCAGAGGUUGCUCGAUCUCACUGACCUCGAUGUGUCGACGUACUACUCAGACCCACCCAUCGGGUACGAUGUCGUCCUCAACAACGCGACGUUCAGUGCAAAUGACAGAGAGGAGGACAAGAGUCCAGAGAAUUUGGAUGAGAUCAGGCAAAUACCUUCGACGUCUCAGGAGCCGUCGAGUUCCUCCAGGAGGUCAGGAAAUUCAGAACCCUUCGAGAGGGAUAAAAUAUUCAGUCUGACGGGGUUGAACCUCCAGGUGAAGAGGGGCCAGUUGAUAGGAGUGAUGGGGCGGGUCGGAGGGGGCAAGUCCCUUCUGCUGGAGGGUCUCCUCGCAGAGAUCACCAGGUCAAAUGGAAUCGUGGCCGUCAGCGAGCUGGACAAGGGUUUCGCCUACGUCAGGCAGAGUCCCUGGCUCCAACGGGGCACCAUUCGCGAAAAUAUCCUCUUCGGAAAAGCCUACGAUCACAAUAAAUACAGAAAUGUCCUCAAGGCGUGUGCCCUCGACGACGACCUCGUCUCCCUCCCCAAAAAGGAUUUAACUGCUGUGGGAGAGGCUGGCAGUACUCUCAGCGGAGGACAGCGGACCAGGAUAUCUCUGGCUCGCGCUGUCUACGCCGACAAAGGGAUUUAUCUCCUCGAUGAUGUGCUAGCUACUCUCGACACCAGAGUUGCUAAACAUAUUUUCCAGAAUGUCGUCCUUGGUAUGCUGAAAGAGAAGACAAGGAUCAUCUGCACACACCAGACUAAGUACCUAGUGCACGCUGACUGCGUUGUGGAGAUGGCCAGGGGAAGGAUCGUCAAGCAGGGGCUGCCAACCGAGAUCCUUCCAGAUUUGGAGGACUAUCUGCUGUCCUCGAAUUCCGUUGACGAGUCGAGUGAGGAGAAAAAUAAAAAGACCAGGAGGAAGGCCAAGGGUUUUUUCAACGACGACUCUAUCAACGCCAAUGACGUGGACAGAGACCCAAUGCUGGAGGACGAAGCCGUGGAGAAGGGGACUGUAAGGCUCGGUGUUUAUGGGACGUAUUUAAAUGCUGUUGGAAAAUUCCUGGCAAUCUGCAUACUCCUCUCGAUGCUCCUGAUGCAGUCAUCGAAAAAUGUCAGUGACCUGUGGCUCUCCUUCUGGGUAACUCACAUCAACGCCACCAAUUCCACGAUGACACCCAGGGGAAAACUCGAGGCUGCCUUCAGGGGUGACAACAUCCCCGAUGACUACCUGAAAGUCUACGCUGUCCUGGCACUAGCCAAUACCUUCUUCACACUCAUCAGAGCCUUCAUGUUCGCCUAUGGAGGGAUUCAUGCUGCUGUAAUUGUCCACGAACAGCUCCUGGAGAUCGUCAUGAGGGCCAAGAAGGCCUUCUUCGAUUGUCAGUCCACUGGGAGAAUUCUCAACAGAUUCUCCUCAGAUACCUACACCGUUGACGACUCAUUACCCUUCGUCUCGAAUAUUCUUCUUGCUCAGGUAUUUGCACUUGCUGGAACUGUCAUCAUCACGGCUUACGGACUUCCCUGGAUAUUCCUGGUGCUUGCACCACUGGUCCCCGUUUAUCACUGGCUCCAGAAUCACUACAGGCUCACCUCCAGAGAGCUCAAGAGACUCUCCAGCACUUCUCUGUCACCUCUUUACACUCAUUUCAAUGAGACCCUCCAGGGGUUGAGUGUCAUUCGAGCCUUCAGGGUUGUCUCAAGAUUUGUACAUGAUAAUGAGCUGUUCCUCGAGGCCAGUCAGAAGGCGAAUUUCGCAUCGUUCGCUGCUGCACAGUGGCUCGCCCUGAGGCUCCAGUUUGUGGGAAUUGCAUUGCUCGCUGGAGUCUGUAUUCUAGCUGUGAUUCAGCAUCAGUUCGAUGUUGCAGACCCUGGACUCGUGGGACUCGCUAUCACGUAUGCCCUGGGUGUCACUGGGCUUCUUUCUGGUGUUGUCAAUGUCUUCACUGAGACUGAGAGGGAGAUGAUAUCAGUGGAGAGGAUCAAACAGUAUUUCCAGGAUGUACCCACUGAGGAAAUCACUGGGGACAAUCCACCCUAUGCCUGGCCAAGUCAGAGUGUCGUUGAAUUCAGGGAUGUUGUCCUCAAAUACAGGGACUACCUCAUGCCAUCUCUCAACAGGGUCUCAUUCAAGACAAGACCAGCUGAGAAAAUUGGUGUUGUGGGGAGGACUGGAGCCGGUAAGAGCUCGAUUUUUAAUUGUCUCUUCAGGCUCGUCGAGAUUCACUCUGGGGAAAUACUCAUUGACAACGUCGAUGUCAGGAGUCUUCAGCUCUAUGCCCUCAGGGCUAGUCUCUGUAUUAUUCCUCAGAAUCCCUUUUUAUUCUCGGGAACUGUAAGGGAGAAUGUCGAUCCACUCGAGCAGUAUCCUGAUAUGCAGAUUUAUAAAGCCCUCGAGAGGUGCAAGCUCAGCGCUUUGGUCCAGAGGCUAGGAGGACUUGGUGCUGUUGUCGACGAGAAUGGGGGAAAUCUCAGCACUGGGCAGAAACAACUUUUUUGUCUUGUCAGGGCUAUUUUGCAUAAUGCCAGGAUUCUCUGCAUCGAUGAGGCAACUGCCAAUGUCGAUCACGAGACUGAUAAGGCUAUUCAGACCACUAUCAAGUCUUCCUUCAGGAGUGCCACUGUGAUCACCAUUGCGCAUAGGAUUAGAACUAUUAUGCACUGUGAUAGGGUAUUGGUGAUGGGAGAUGGUCAGGUGUUGGAGUUCGAUGAACCAAAUGUACUGAUCGAUGACGAGAACUCGUAUUUUUACGCUCUUGCGAGUCAAGAGUUCGCGGAUGACGAUAAUUAAGUCGUUGUAAAUUAUACAAAGAGUCAGAAAUAUUUUUUCAUGGCGUGGGGCCUCAGGGUCCCUAUUUAUCAUGAACCUGAUCAAUUUUUUAUUGCUUUUAGAUUGUAAAAAUACGUUAUGGAGAAUAUCAAUAGAAAAUCCUAAUUAAAAACUCACGACUUCAAUCCCGAAAAUUAAUUUCUAAUUACUCAAUUACUUCUCGCGGAAUUUAUUGCAAGUUGUCGAAU